AUGGACCCUUCCAUCCGCGCCGCCCGCCCACCGCCAUCCCGCCGCGCCCUCUUCCAAUCCACCCGCCGCCAACCACCAACAUCCGUCGUGCGCCCAGAUACCGCAACUAUAUUCCAGCAACCCAUGGACGACGAACUUGUCGAGCGCGAUGAUAAGGGACAAUACAUUAUCACGGCACCGAGUAGCAUGUACAAGCAGAUGGCGCACAUGAGGGAGGGGGACGAAGAAACCGAGCAAGAGAACCACAUCAUCGAGCUGUACGGCAAGCAAAACGCCCACUGGGACCCCAAGGCUGUCGAAGAAGAGAUUAAGGGGGCGUUGAAGAGCAGUGCGAGGAAGGCCGUGGCAAGCUUGCAGGAAGAUAAGUGGAUGUUUGAGGGCGGUGCUGAGAAGAGGCAAUGA